AUCAACGGUUGUUGUUGUCUUGUUUAAACAAAACCGGUAAUCAGCUGUUCUUAUCAAUCAAACUGAUUCGACAUUUUUUUUGAAAAGAGAGUCAUGAUAAAGUACACGAUUUGAAAUUUAGUUUCAAGUAUUCGAAUAAAUUUUGAAGUUAAUUCAAAUUCCUGUAUUCAAAAUGGUCGAACGUUAUUCUGCAACUUCUUAUAACGAAUGGGUACGUCAAAUACUGCGAUUAUCUGAAACUCAUCAACGAAUAGUGGUUGUUUUCUGCGGAGCCUUGGACGAGAAUGGGCUAAGUUGGUGUCCAGACUGUAGAAAUGCUCUUCCGGUGAUCGAAGAUGCCAUUCAAAACACAGCCGUUCCGAAUGUACGUUCAGCUUACCUGUUUGUUGGCAUACAACGAGAUGAGUGGAAAAAUCCCAACAAUUAUUAUAAAAUGGAUAAUCAUUUGAAAUUGACCAAUGUACCAACUAUAAUUUGUUGGGAUCGUGGCAAACUGGUCGCUAGAUUAGUCGAAGAAGAUUGUGCUAUUCCCGAAAUGGUUUCGCCUCUUUUCAAGAAUGCCUAUUUGUGAUACUCGUCGUUCUCGUUCAUAUUUUUAGUCCGUUUGUCUUGGAAUUCGAAUCGAAAUUAUUCCAUAUUAGGCCUUUUAUUGGAGUAGUCUUCCUGUUCUACUUUUAUAUUCGAAGAAUUCGAAUUCUGAGAAACAUCGAAAUGCAUUUCAUAUUAUGAUUAGUUAUAUUAUGUUACGAAUCGAACUGAAAUUUAUACAUUUUUUUCUUGGAAGUAUAUAUUUUGUUAUACACUUUUA